GUAGUUGCAACCAAGGCAACAGAUACACACAAGCAGAGUAUUCACACGCUCUGGACAGAGUGAGGCUCAUACACUAACACACAGCUUAACUGGCAGCUGCUGCCGCUGCUCCUGAAAAGUGGAGUGUGUGUGUGUGUGAACACACCCUAAUCUCUCCAGGGAGAGGUACAUUGAAAAACUUCCAGAGCUAUUACAAGGAGAGAAUCUGUUCAGGAGGGGAGAGAGCGAGAGAACUCAAUUCACUGAACUCAACAGGAGGUGGUUGUUAUUAGGCUACUGGGACUACUUCUUCUUACAACUAGUCACUUGGAUACAUAGCAGCAGCAUUGAUACUUUCUCUCAGCGAGCGAUGGUCGGCAACCUGGGGAUGCUGGAUGAGUCUGAGCCACUAUGAGGACGGCUGUGUGGGAAUCAGUAACAACAGGAUUGUGAGUGUCUCACCAGACAGAGGCGAUGCUUUCCAGGAGGCCCUCCUGUGAAUCUCCCCGAAACACCCAUGCCUCCUGCUCCUGGUGGGAAAACUAGGAUGGAACACACACACACUGCUCUGCAAAGAGUCACAGGAACAACCGCCUCUGCAGCUGCUCAUUCACACACAAAGACACGCAUACCACUGUUGCCAUCACUACUCUGACCUGACAGAGGAAGAACACCGGAAGGUUCCGGAAUACAUUUUCCAGGAUGUUUGUGAAUUUCCGGCGGAUCCGCAAGUGCCAGUGCGUGCAAUUGAUGACCACGUGCCUGGUGCUGUCGGUGGUGAUGUUAUGCUGGGAGCAGCUGGACAGUGGCGUGGUGAGCCACAUCUACUCCUACUCUUACCGCUCUUACCUGGUCAACAGCUACACUUUCAUCAACAAGAGCUUCACCAUCCCACGACAGGAGGCCCACAUGUUCAGUAACCACCGCUACCUACUCAACCACCCGUACAAGUGCUCAGGAGAGAAGGACAUUUUACUGCUUCUGCUCAUCAAGUCCUCCCCGGAGAACUUCGAGAGACGGCGAGCCAUACGGUCGACGUGGGGUAACGAGACCUACAUUCGCCAAGACCUGGGGGUGACGGUGAAGGUGAUGUUUGUGCUGGGCCUUCCCAAGCAGCAUGAGACUGCCCAGACGUGGAGGAGGAGGAGCGGAGGCAUCCAGGACAACCUUGUCGAUGAGGACCGCAGGCAUGGCGACUUGGUCCAGCAGGACUUUGUGGACACGUUCCACAACCUCACCCUCAAGCUUCUGCUACAGUUCCGCUGGGCUCAUUUCUACUGCCCGCAUGCCCGCUUCCUCAUGACGGCUGACAACGACAUCUUCGUGCACAUGCCCAACCUGGUGCUCUACCUGCAGUACAUGGACAGGAAGGGCGUGACGGACUUCUGGAUCGGUCACGUGCACAGAGGUGCGCCACCGAUCCGCCAGAAGGAAAGCAAGUACUACGUCCCGCAAGAGAUGUACCCUUGGGCGUCAUACCCGGACUACACGGCAGGGGCCGGUUACGUCGUCUCAAGAGACGUGGCGGACAAAAUCUACCAGGCCUCAUUGACGCUCAAUGCCUCGCUGUACAUCGACGAUGUCUUCAUGGGCAUCUGUGCCAAUGCCAUGGGCGUGUCGCCACAGGAACAUGUGUACUUCUCAGGCGAAGGCAAGGCGCCCUACCACUUGUGCAUCUACGACAAGAUGAUGACAUCGCACGGCCAUGUGGCCGACAUUUAUGAACUCUGGAAAGCCGCCACAAACCCGGAGGUCAAAAGGGUCACAUCGGGACUUUUUGGGAGGUUGUACUGCACGGCAGUGAAACUCACCCUUCUGUGCAGACCUUACUUCUUCAACACCUACCCCUGCAAGGCAGCCUUGUUGUAGUACUGUAAACAUACUUACUGUGUUUGGUUCAAAACGGAGUGCGGGGUCAUUUUGCUUUCAUCACUCCCAUUAUUUGAAAAGACUGAGGAGGGAAGGGGGGGGGAGAAACACAUGAGUCAUAUCUUUUGCUGUAAAUGUGGGUUUUACAGUAACCGUCUAUCUAUAUGGAUUUACAGUAACCGUCUAUCUAUAUGGUUUUACAGCAACCGUCUAUCUAUAUGGUUUUACAGCAACCAUCUAUCUAUAUGGCCGGCAGUGGUCCAGUUCUUGCUAGCUUUACGAUGUAUUGAAUAGUCCCACCUCUCUGGGAGGGCAGAGACUGAAUGUGAUGAACAGCAGAUGCUUCCCAAGGAGAUACUGUCCAGACAUAAUGUUGAAACAUGGGAUUCUAAGUGAAUUUCUGCUCCCACUCCCCAUCUCCUCCAUUAAACUGAUUGAGAGAAUGUU